AUGGGGAAGAUUGAGUGGGCAAUGUGGGCCAACGAGCAGGCUCUGGCUGCAGGGCUCAUUCUCCUUACUGGAGGUAUUGUCGGGGUGGCCGGGCAGUUCAGGGGCUGGCAGUUCGCUGCUUAUGCAGUUGCUGCUGGGGUAUUUGUGUGCCUGCUUGAGUAUCCCAGAGGCAAGAGGGCCAAGGGCACAAGCGUGGAAAGAUCGGGUCAGUACUGCUUCACCGUGUGCGUGAAGGCCUUUGGUCCCCUGACGAGGAACUACUAUGUCAGGGCAUUUUUACAUGCUGCAAUCUGUGUACCUGGAGGUUUUAUGCUUGCUACUGUCCUUGGGUGUGUGUGUCUAGGCAUUGCCAGCCUCAUCUAUCUUGCAGCAGCUAUCAGAGGUGAACACUGGGAGCCAAUUCUUCCACGAAAGGAGGUGCGUAAGCCCGUUGGAGAGAGUAUCAAGAAUCCUCCACAAAACCCACCACCACGACCUCCUGCCGAUUAUCGCAGGAAGAAUGCAAAGGACCUGGAGGCAGCAGCCUACGACAAUCCUAUGUCUGUAACUGCUGAUGAGUAG